GACACGGCGGUACGAGUGUAAGAUUGCGCGUAAUUUCGAAUCCGCUCUGCUUCGCUCGAGAUCUUCGAACAGGAGAGUGCGGAGUUUCUUAGAAACAGUCGUCGAUUGCUUCGGAUCUCCUUCUUAAAAUGUGCUGUCAAUUUUCAAUCUCCGCGUAGAAACUGAAUGUAGGACAAAGUUUUGAAAAUUGUUCCCUUGGGAAUCUGCGAAAAUUCUUGCAACUUCGUAUCUUCUUGAAGACACUGGAAAUAACCAGUUUCCGGUACAGUUCUUAAUUUCGAUGAUAUGGUUUCCUCGUUAGUUUUCGCCGAAUGAUUCGCAUGAUCGCACCGGGUCUGGUAUUGCAAGGGAAUCGAAAUUAAUUGGAUCGGCGCUUUGACCGAGCGAAACUCGUAGGUGCGCUAUGUGCUACGAGUUUAAGAAUUCGAUUAGGGUAGAAAAUGUGGCAAAUGAGGGACACUUCGAAAGUUUCGUUCUGCAAGUGGCAAGUGUGUCUAUAGUUGGAAGGGAACCGAUUUCGAAGUGGGUUGCUAUGUUCGUGGCAAAAGUAACGAGGAGUAGAAAACUAUUUUUUAUUACGCGACCUCUGGAAUCGAGUUAGCGCGAUCGCGGAUCGAUACGCGACUGGUUCUCGACGCGUUUCGUCCUCUAAUUAAACAGCACGUUAACGGCCCGCUUCAUUUCUCUUUAUUCCUCCCCUUUUUCUAUUUUUUCUCCCGUCAAAACGCUCGAACAGAAGACUGCCGUUUGAAUGCACGCGCGAUUAGUGCGGGUGAAAUUGGUGAUCGGAUCACGCUUGUCAUUAGCAACCAUCGAACCGUACCGUAUGAGAUUUAAACGUGCAAGUGCCGAUGGCUUCGUGACAGACCCUCUCUUUCGUUCGAUAUCCGAAAAUAAUCCGACACCGUUCCGUAUCCGUGCAUUAUCGCGAUUAAAUUAGAAAAACGGGUCGCUACGAACGGAGAAGACUACGCCGUGCGAUUUUGAAAAACGACUGACGGCGAGAGAUCGAUUUCGACAGUUUGCUUAGUUGCGAAUGUAAAGCGACGCGAUGACGAAUCUUGUAAACGCGUAAAGAUGGUUUAAAAAGUUUGCCGCGCUCAAGGCCACGGGCUUGGCGUAUCGAUCUGCAGGUUCCCUGGAUCGGGAGCAAGAACGCGGCAAUAAAGAAUUGCGGCAGUGGCGCGCCGUUGGAAUUGAGGUUAGCGUGCCGCCAAACCUCUGGAUCCUUUCUUCGUUUUCUGGUAUUGACCGGGUGGGCGCUCGUGGCGUGCUACGCCGUCGCCAUCUUUCGGAGCUUCGACUCACCGUUCGGAAAAAUGAGUUUGGGCGGGAGGGAGGUGCACGACUGACGCGAGUGAUUGACGAUCGGGAUGUGCGUUCCCAUCGUGAGGAACUCGGCUUCGUAAUCGCUUCAGCGAAGAAAAGCACGCACCAGUAAUCUACAACCGAUUGUGUGCAAAGAAAUUUCGCGACAUCUCGCGAGGUGAACGAACGCUGACAAUGUCGAGGCGAAGGCGCGACAACGGUGUUCCGUGCACUCGAGUGGAGAGGAUUGGGCGAAUCGAAACAAUAACGAACUCGGAUACGUCGCACGACUCGUCUGAUCGACGCGAGGGUGAACGAUCUCCGUGAAGGCAAAUGUCCGAGAUGGUUGGAUCAUCGGUCUCGCGGUGUCAUACACACGAAGGGAGACGUUUGUAAUCGUCGCGAGUGAGUUCGUGCGAGGCUGGAUGGUCGCCAGCUCGAUCGACACGGUAGGUCGAGCACGUGGUGUAACCACCGACUGGUUCUGCUCGCCGCGUUGCACCAUGCCAAACGAGACUCCUUUCGUCGUCUGGCUCGGUCGUGUGUAUUCUUCCCCUUUUUUCCGUGCUUUCGAAUUUUUUCAACUCGAAAUUCCUCGCUUAUCUCCCGAUGCAUCUGUCUCGUGGGACGUUUUCGGUGCUGCCGCCUCGCGGCACUCCCUGCAACUAUAUCUAUUUUGGUUUGGCGGUGAGGAGGGCGUGGAUAGCGGGUUAAUUGGUCGGACGUGUGACUGCGUGAGAUUGAAUGUAAAUGGAUGUUCUGGUUCGAGUAGUCCUCCGCCUCGUGCUCACUCUUUCUCGCGUUUAACGAUCGACCGUUUAGGUCGCGUUCCACGACCAGCCGAGUAAGGGAGAGGAAAAGGCGCGAAACCGCUUAAACGUAAUCGUUUAAGAAGUUGCGAAGUUUCGCUCUACUUUUCGAACGUUCCACCCUUUCGUUACAAAUUAGGGAAUGUCGUCGAUAGCCAGACUAAUGGGGGAAAGUUGGCACGGAUCCAGGGAUUCGCGAGGGCGCGAACAUAGCCGAGCAUUGGUCGGAAUGCCUAUUAGAAUUCCGUUGGCGUUUCCCAAGUGAAGCGUAGCACGCCACACCGGAGAUUGGUUCGGGGCGCGAGGUCGCGCCGUGUCGAAGGGUCGCUCGAUCGGAUACGCUCGAUGGCCGCUUUCCAGCUCGGCGUAUCGGUUAGCGGGAUCCGAUCGGUAUCGGGAGCACACGGUGGCCUUGCCACCUUCCGACCUUCCUCCUCCCCGUGAUUCUGCCAAUUUCUCGCGGCUCGCGCACCGGUGCUGCCACCAGGUGGUAUUCAGCGAAAGCACGAGUCGUACAGGGCGAGAGAUUCGUGCGAUGUGGUGCGCGAAGUGAGUCGGCGUGAUCGCGGAACGGAAGGAAGACCGUGUUUGGACGUUGCUGUGUACCCUAUUGUACACGCGUUGUCACGGUUUCCAGCCUCUUCCCGCCUCUAUUCUCCUGUUUCUUCAUCGUGUUACUCAUCGUCGUUCUGUCGCCAAUUAUCCCCCUUCGCUCGCUUUCUGCUUCGUUUACCGUGCGCUGGCACGUUUUCGUCGGACGCUUUCCGUUGCUUGACGAAAGACACUCGUCGCGUAAGUGUGAGUCGCGAAUGGGGUUGCACGUGCGUGAGUCUGUCGCGAAUGGGCGGCUCGCCAGUGGCGGAGCUGUGUCGAUAGGCGGAAGGUUAACCGAGGAAUCGGUGGCGUGCGUGCACGAGGUCGGCAGGAGUUAAGACAACCGAGUUAUCUUCGUCCUUAUCGAAUGUGCCGCGUCUGCAGGACAUCGGACGGCGAUUGGACCAGGAGCGUAUCGUUCGACGGAAGCAGAGGAAUCGGAAAAAGUAGGAUAUCGAAGGGCCGAGAAGACGAUAGACGAGCGACUCGCCAGAUCAAGAACAGCAAGCGAGAGGAAGAAGAAGGAAGAAAAGAAGCGAAGGAGAGAAAAACACACAGAAAGAGAGAGAGAGAGAGGAAAUCGGAACAAAGCGUGGCCGUGUGUGCGAGAGGAGCUCGCGGCAGGAGCAGCCACGGAGGCAGAGCGAGAGAGGUGGAGUGAACGGGCGAUAAUCGAGGAUUUGAAUGGGUGGGCCGGGAGCCGGUAGGGUUAGCAGGCACGAGCUGAACGCGGUGCCAAAGAGCGACGUCGGUCACGGGGAUCGGACCCUCGUAAUCGGCGAGCCAGCACCACCACCACCGGCCUGUCCGUAUCACCCGACUUCGGCUUCGAGUUCGGAACGCGCGAUCUCAGCAUCCGGCCACCUGGUCCCCGCCCAGCUGCCGCCUUCGCCGCCGCCACUCGCCUCGCUGCACAUCACCGUCAACAACUGCACCUCCAUUGGCAACAACAAUACUAGCGCCAAGCCGGACGCGAUCUCGAACGGUACCAAGGCUGCUGCGACCAUGUCCUCGCCACCCAAGCAUCGAAGGGGCUUCGACCCCAACGACGUAAACGCCACAGACUAUCGCCGUUAUCGUCGCGUUAAAACGACGAAACGAGGCUUUGUAUGUUCCACACCGUGACCUUGGGCGCCGGACACAGACCUCCCCGACAUCUCCCGACAUAUAUCUGUCAGCACGAGGCAUUAAAACACACACAAGCUUGCGAUGUUCGAUGUUGGAUCGCUUACUGGUUGUACCCCCGUCACGAACGAAUGCGCUGAAAAUAAAUAAAA